UUUUUAAAAGCUCUAGUCGAAGUAGAGUCUCUAUUAUUUUUUUCGGUAAAUAAGAUUUUCAAAUAAAAUUUGAUUUUCAACAAUUAAAUCGAAUUAAAUAAUGACGAGAACAUGCCGAAUAUGCGGCGGGGCAGAUGGACGCUAUUGGAUUGAGACGCCAGUGAAUAAGUACGCUGAAAAAACAUUCAAUCAACUGUUAUUGGAAUUAACAAGACUUGAGGUCGCCUUGAAUCAUGUUGACAAGCUUCCGCCCUGGCUGUGUCGUGUUUGUGCAAAAAACCUGGAAAAUGCCUAUGAUUUCGUACUACAAGCACGCGAAUCCCACGAACUGUGGAUAAAGAAGCUGUCAACCGAUGACACGGAGAAGGGAACUUUUGAAUGUCUGCGUGAGACUCCAAUACAAUUGCUGGACAUUGAAGGCGUGAUAAUUAAAAUGGAAGAACCCGCCGACCCUGCAAACACACCUCAAUCAGAUCCCAACAUUUCUGUUGACCCGCUAAUUAAGAAGAGUAUUGUGGACGAUGAAAGCGAAGAUGAUGAUGACGAUGUGCCAUUGAAACAGCGUAAAGUGAAUCAAGCUAAGUUGCCCAUAAACCGCAAAUGCAAUAUAUGCGGAAAAGCCUUUAAGUACGCGACAAAUCUCUUUAAACAUAAACAGCGGGACCACGCGAGUGAUUAUCAGGACAAGUUAAUAACGAAAUCAAAGGGAGAAAAUCAUUCACAGCAAUUCCUACACAAUGUAUCAAAAAGACCUGCGGUAUCUCGAAGUAGUGCCAAUUCAGACUUUGACAAUGACGAUGAUAACUACUACAAAUGUGAUCAAUGCGAUAAAUCCUACAAGUACAUUAUGCUGCUCAUUAAGCACAAACACAAGGUACAUGGCGUCAACCAGUUACCAGCGGUACCUAUGCCAAUUUCAGGACCCAAAUCCAGUUCUGAAGAAUCAACCAAAACAAGACCCACACAACGAAAGCGUUUGAAGCCUCCGAGCACUGAUUCCUUGGUGCACAGCUUAAUCAAGGAGGUUAAAACACCUGAAGAGGAGGACUUAGAAGGCACCAGCUCAGAUAAUUAUUACAAAUGCGAUCAAUGCGAGAAAUCCUAUAAAUACAUUGUGAGUCUCAUCAAACACAAGCACAAGGAGCAUAGUGAAUACAAAGAUUCUGAUGAUGAUGAGGACGAAGCAUCACUAUCCAAAUAUCCAACGGCAGCUGCCAAUUCAAAACCCACACGCAUCGAUCGUCGGGUGAAAGGCUUCGAUUUGCAUCGCUGUAAACCAAAUGGAAUCAAGGAGAUUCAGUGCAUGAUCUGUUUGAGAAGAUUUGGUAAACUGAGAGAGCUUCGCAAUCACCUUAGAGCACAUCCCAAUGACAUUACAUUCGAGGCUCACGGAGAGCCCAUUGAACGCAUUGCUGAGGGCUUCUAUCGCACAGCUGUGGAGUCAACUGCGGAUGGUUUGAAGACACGUAUUCUUAAUGAUCUCAAGGUUGGCAUGUACGGCCGAUACUAUUCCAUCACCAAUGAGGCGCGUUAUGAGAUGAAUCUGGACAGCUCAGACACUGACAGCGAUGGCGAAUGUGGAGUUGUUGAGCGACGUAGUUACGCCUGCGAACUGUGCGAUUCACAUGCCGCCAUUUACCCGCGCAAAUUUCAGCUACAUGAACAUCAUCGACAGCAACACACUUGGCUAGAGGCGCCAUACAUUUGUUCACGUUGUGAUUCGCGUUUCCUCAGCGCCCAAUUGCUCGAUCAUCAUACGAAUAAAUUAUGCCAGAAUACCCUCAAGCGUUUCAUGUGCGACAAGUGUCCACAACGCUUCUUCUGGCGUCGCAAUUUGCGUGCUCAUCUCGUCGAGCACAAAAACAAGCAAGAAAUUUACCCCUGUGAUCAGUGUUCACGCAGUUUUCAGGAUAAAAGCGCGGUGACAAAGCAUAAGCUGAUGCAUCACGAUGGCAGCCACGAACUGAUUCCUUGUCGUUGGUGCACUCGCACUUUUUAUCGUCCAGCUUUGCUGCAUAAACAUGUUAAACGACAUGGCUUCACCGGAGAGGAUUUGCCCUUGGCGGAGACAUUGCUGGCCUAUGCCGCAAAGUCAUCCGGACCUAAGUCGAUCAUUUGCAAACUUUGUGAUAUGCAGUUCAUUAGCAUAGCUGAUUUGCGGCGACACAUUUCCAUGCAGGGUCACAGUGAAGACCCAUCCAACUAUAUGAUUAGCACAGAGGAAGGAUUUGAGUUGCAUCUGGAUGAGACGGACGACAGCGAUGAUGAGACUACAACUACUAACGCCGCCCCUUCUGCUGGCAGAACCUACAAGUGUGAUCUUUGCGAUGCGACGUUCCAGCGGCGUCGUGACAUGAGCGAACAUCAGUAUUCCUUGCAUACCUUCGAUAAACUACCACAUUCCUGUGAACAUUGUAUUUACAAGACGGUCGACAAGUACAUGAUGCAACAUCAUUUGCGGACGCAGUGCCUCAACGAGCAGAAGAAAUUCAAAUGUUCCCGCUGUGGCUUUAAAUUCAUGUGGAAGGAAAAUCUGGAUCAGCAUAUGAACAGCCAGCAUACUCAUGUGUCAAGUCAGGCCCCAGUUCAAAACAAGCGAAGUCGCCGCUUCAGAUACCAGUGUCCGCAUUGCUGGCGAUCUUUUGUUGUACAACCGAGCCUGGAUAAACACAUACGCGACAUGCACGUAGCCAAAAAAAAUCCUGGCAAGAAGUAUCUCUGCUCAUUGUGCGGCCUGGAGGCGCUUACGCCCAACAAACUGGCAAUCCACAUGCAACGCCACAAUGGCGAAAAACCACACAAAUGCGAUCUGUGCGAGAUGUCCUUUACAGUCUUCUACGAGCUAAAAGUUCAUCGUCGAAAGCAUACGGGCGAGCGUCCCUAUCAAUGUACAUUUUGUGCCAAGGAUUUCGCACGCCCCGAUAAGCUUAGACGACAUGUUUACAUGCACAGUGUAAGGCGUUAGAUUAAGAUUUAACUUCAUUUAACAGCACUACGAAUAAAAUCAUUGUAUGUUACUUGAAUGUACG